UUGUCACAUACUUGGUCAGUCCUUCCUCCCUCACUAUCUCUUGCUAUUUGUCUCUCUGUCUUUGACAGCCACAGAAACUGGCUCACACACACGUUCUCAGGGAUCCAUCCCACAUUCACACAGACACACCUGGGAUUGCCGUCCUCAGUUAUGGACAACAAAGCUGAUGUAAAGGCCAUCAUGGCUCGCUUCCAAGCUGGCGGGACCAAUGGCACUGAGGACAGUUCUUCCUCACCUCUAGUACGGACCAAACCACCCCUCCACCCCACCGUGUCCUCUGGUCCUCCCCUACAUUCAAAGAAACCUGUUUUAGAGAGCCUAUCAGGCAGUGGCAUCUCUACUGCUCCAAAACCCACUUUUUUGAAAAAUUCUGUCUCUGUCAAAAGUGCUCCAGAGAUACGAGAGUCACCCAAGACAAAAGCCCUGGCUAGCAUGUUUGCAAAUGCCCAGGAAGACACCAACAGCAACAGUAAACCUUUGACUGUUAAUAAGCCGCAGUCACCCUUCAAACCACCUGUCUCACAAGAUGCUGAUCAUAAGAGCCCUAAACCUAAACCGCCCCUCCAGAAGCCCUCCCUCAGCUCUACCCUACCGGACUCCAAGCCUGCCUUUCCCAAACCUUCCCCAGGGGUCACCGCCAAGCCCAGCUGGGUGAAAGAGGACAGCACCACACCACCUAAAAUUCCACCUUCACAGCAAAAACCUAGCAGCGCUAUUGCAAAAUUACGACAGCAGAAUGAAGAAGCAGGAGGCGCGAACACAGACUCCACGAGCAAACCAUUAAAUGUACCAAACUCUGCUGUUAAGCCCUCCUCCAACUUCAGGACUGCUCAGAGUAUCUUCAACAAGGAGAUGGACAAGCCUGACCCACCGGACAAUGGCGUGAAAACAGAGGGGGCGACCAAACCGCCUCUCAGUGGUAGCACCUCCACCCCUCCUCUCAAGCCUCCAGCCAGUAAGAAACCGAGCUUUGUGAGGAGGCAGCCAGGGGUCAGCAACAGCAUUACCGGGGAUGACCCUUCGGCCCCGAAGCGUAAACCCCUCCCCAAUAGUUUGGCCUUGGGCCCUCCACCUGCCAAGCCCAACCGGCCUCCUAGAGUUAACCUGGAAGCUUUCAAACGAGAUGCCAAGACCUCUGAUGAUAGUCCUGCCUCUUUGAAGAAGCCCAACGUCCCAUCUCCAGUGACCCCUCAGUCCAGUAACCAUAGCAACCCUGUGGCCCCAGCCCCGCCUCCUCAACCUCCAGCUCCGAGUCUGCCCCCACGGCACCCAGCAGCCAUAAUCCAACCAAACCCAGAUGAGAACUAUGAUGAUGUUGGUGUGAUGACCAGCGCUCCACCCCCACUGCCCCCUUCCGCCGGUCACCCAAGCCAGAGGGCAAAGGAGGAAGAUGAGGACGGUGAAAUGUAUGAAGAUCUUGAUGAACGAUGGGAAACAGCAGACAAGGAACAAGAAAAGAAGAGAGAGAAAGAGGAGAAGGAGGAGAAGAAGCGAUUGGAGGCUGAGAGGAAGGAGCAGAAGGAACGUGAGAAGAAAGAACAAGACGCCAGAAAGAAAUUCAAACUCGUUGGCCCCCUUACACCGAUCCACCAAGUCAAGGCUCGUGUGGACCACCGAGGCGGUAAGACAGAGCUGUCACUGAAGCAGGGAGACUGGGUGGACAUCAUCCGUGUUCAGGGCAACCCAGAGGGGAAGUGGUUGGGCCGGACACAGGACGGAUCCUAUGGCUAUGUAAAGAUCACGUCUGUGGAUAUUGACCUUGAGAGCUGGAAGCAACAGGCAGGGUCUCUUCCCGGCCAGCAGGACUUUGACCCUGAGGUUUAUGAUGACAUCGAUUCAGCCUCUCAUGACAACUUUAACAGUGGCAUCAGAGGACCAGGAGUGGUUCUGCCCCCGCCACCAGACGACGGAGAAAUCUAUGAUGAUGUUGUUGAUCCAAGCCUGGAUGUGAGUCCCUCGGACCCCAAGUCUCCCCCUAAGCCUCGCGGCUUCCUGCGGAUGUUUGACUGGAGGAAACCUACAGGCAACACUAAUGAAGUGCCUCCACCCAGCCAGUUUACUGCAGAGGGGAACUCAGAUAAACCCGGAGGAGCAAUCGAUGAAGACAUUUAUGACGAUGUUGACUCUCAAGCCUUGCCUCCUCCUCCUCCCGUCAGCAGCCUUCCAACCAUGAGAGGCAAAUCCAAGGCAGAGGAGGUGGAUCCAAAGAAACAGAAGAAGUUUGAGAAAGAGGAGAAGGAGUUCAGGAAAAAGUUUAAAUAUGAAGGAGAGAUCCAGGUGCUGUACCAGGUGACCAUCAUCCCCAAUCUGACUAAUAAGAAGUGGAGCGGCAAAGAUCUGCCCAUCAAACCAGGGGAAAGUCUUGAUGUCAUUGUUAAAGCUGUGGAUGACAAAAUGAUCUGUCGAAACGAAGAGGGCAAGUUUGGAUAUGUUUUUACCGGCCACAUUGUCACGGAAGAUGCUGAUAUCUACGAUGACAUUGGAGACGAUUGCAUCUAUGACAACGAUUGAAAAACAGUCUUACUGCAUUGCAAGUGGAGUACCAGUCUUUAUGUUUUAUGUCAUUAUGAUGUGUAUUAUUUAUUAUGUUCACUGAUGCCAUGGAGUGGAAAAACAAAACUUGUCCAACAAUGUUGUUUGUCACAUAAGAGACACAUCAGCAGAGAGACAGAAAAACAGGAGACAUUUGUUGGAACAGCAGUAUUCAUCAAUCUGAUCUGUUUGCUUUUCUGUUGUCAUCCCUCAGUUUUCCCUUUGGGCAGUCAUGAGUAUAGAAAGCCAUGUUUUAUCACAAGAACUGUUUUUAUUAUUAUUAUUAUUAUUGUUGUUGUUAUUAUUCAUUUUGCAUUCAUGCUUCUGACGUAACAGUACAUAAAAUCUGCAGUCUUGAUGAAUGGACAAAUGCAUUAAAUCAAUGUAAAUAUUAGUUACGACUUUGUCUGCUCAUUAUU